AACACGUUAACUAACGCUCAGAGACAACAGUAGGCCUAACUUUAUUUAGAGACGUUAAGGUUACAUAGUAAUAAAGUAAAAAAUAAACUUAAAUUAUGUAGAUAACAACUUAAACAAAGACGGAGUGAAUGUCAAAAUGUUAGCUAGCUACUGAAUCCCAAACGGAACCCCAUACCGCAAUUUCUGAAGAAGUAAACACUGAAGACCAACCACGAGAAAGGGACUCGCGACCAAUCAGCUCAAACCAAUUACGUGUGACUAUUAUUACAUUGAAUGGACCCUUGUUUUGUAACAUAGAUGUACAGUUAGAAACAAAUGUGAGCAUCCUUGCUGCAACAUCAGGAGCAAGAUUAUCGAACAGAUGUUUUUAACCUCAACAUGGACGAGAUACGUCCACUGUUGACCAGUCAGCCGCGGGAGGACUCAAGUCUCCGAUCCCCAAACCUGAGACCAAGGCACCAGGAACUGAUCCCAACUCCAUGUGGCCCAAUAAAGCCUUGGUCAGAGCUUUCAUGCUUGGUGAAGCUUUACUUCUGCUUCACCAUUGCUUCUCUAUUGGCACUACUGGCCCUCACAUUGACAAACAUCUACAAGCAAAGCAUGGCAACAUACAGCUAUGAGGACAACUUCACUGUAUCUCUAAUACAACUAGUUGGAAUUCUGUUCUGCAUAUACUACAUCACCAGGGGCAUCCUGCAAGAAAACAGGCAGGAGUUGAUAGUGUUUGUCCUAUGUUUGUUGGUGGUCAUGAUGCGCUCUGUGGUCAACUUUAUGGUUCUCCCUGUUCAGGAUAGAAAGGGCCUGCUCCUGGUACGGUUUGUAUUCAUCAUGUGUGUGGGCGCAGUCCAUGUCCCGUGCGCUAUACUGCUCUUCAAUAGGCCGAACAUGAUGGCCUUCCGGGUGGGUGGAGCUCUGGAGAGCAUCCAGGAGCAGUACUUCCUGCUCAACCUGUGCUUCUCCAUGGUCACCUUUGACCUACAGGCCCAGCUUUGCCUUUGCAUCCUGAUCAUGACAUCAGGCACAACUAUGUCCUUUGAAAACAGCAUCAUCCUGGGAUUUGGUGUAGUCUGGGCCUGCCUUACAGCAGCUGUGGGGUCUAUUGCAGUUUUAAAAGAAGCCAAGUUACUGGUUUGGCUCUUUGUCCUCCAGAACUUGCCAGAGGUGGCCUACUUCAUGUACUUGAUGUACAGGAUCAGUGUAAAUUGGGGGAUGGAUAAGACUUAUAUACUGGAGGCUGCUGCUGUGACUGGAGCAGUGAUCUCAGUACUGAUCAAAGGUGUGCUCUUCUGUGCUCUCUUCCGAUUGGUGCGCAGCUUUGGCCAGGGCCUGAGGGAGAGGAUGUUUUCCUCCGACAAGCAGUGACAUGCCAUUAUGAGAAGUGGUAAAAAGAAAGGAUCUAAGUGGCUUCGGUUACAGGAUGGAUCUGCUCUUUGUAAAAAUGUCAAAAAAUCGUAACAACUAUUUGGUUCAAACCAAUGUUUUUUUUUUUGGUGGGGGGUGGGUUUGCCUUUCAUGUGCCUACAACGCAUACAAUACAGUGAGAUGUUAAGCUCUUUGGGUCAAGUCAAGGACAUGACAGGCACUGUCCUACUUUUGGAAUAGCACUGAGUUAGAGUAUAUGUAAAUCAAUAUUUCAUUUUUAUUUUUUGUAACUUUGAUUUUAUCAUGAUGAUUUUUAAGAGUAUCUUUAAACAUAUUCUUAAGUGUUCUUAUAGUAAUAUAAACCAAACAAGUAUAGAGUGGCAUUGCAAUACAUCAAAUGGAAAUGGUUACCAUUAAGUUGUCUAUAAAAUGUGGGUAUUUUUUCUUUUGUGCUGAAUUUAUUCUUUUAAAUGAAUUAAUGUUCCUGUUGAGUAACUAAUAUUAACAUGUCCAUUUUCUAUGCACUAAAGGAAAUAUCUUAGACAUUUUUAUUCUUUAUAAUAUACUUCUGUUUAUGCACUUGUUUGACAACCCGUUAUCAUGUUUUUAUAAAAUGUAACAAUUUACAGUACCCUCUUUAAUCAAAAAGUUAUUUGAGUAAGAAAUGCACAGCUAGGAAAAACUGCCUUCUUAAAUAUUAAAUAGGUAAUCAAGCA